UGCGAGCUGUGAGGACAAGAGUUGCCGAGUUGUGAGUUUUGUUUGUGUUGUGUCCGACGAAAAUCGCCAAUUCGGCAAGAGUGUCGUCUUCUUCCUCGGUUAAACUCUCCAUUGUGAGUGUGUGAUGAUAUGACUCAUGAAUUCGUUGCGAAUAUAUCGUAUGACAUCGUACAACGCGGUGUGAUAGUUAGCUGUACAGAAUAGCUGCAUAGAAUUUUUACUGAGCGCCGCCCGCCGGUCACGCGUCCAGAGGCUGAGAUCGGUCGAAAUGGAAUCAGCAGGACAGAAUCAGCCACCUAAUAAUAUCAGUGACGGAUCCGACACCAGGGGCAGCUGUUUGUUACUUCGCUAUGCCAGCCAAAAUUCUCUGGACGAGAGUUCGCAGAAGCAUGUUCCUCGUGAGAAUGGGAAGGAUAAACCACCAUAUAGGAAUCAUCAUCACACGAACAGAGCUUUUGAUGUCAUCAACGAGAUGAGAAAGAAAAAUUUACUCUGCGAUGUCAUCUUAGUAGCGGAUGGUGGUAUGGAAGUACCGGCUCACAAAAUGGUUCUCGCUGCAUGCAGUCCUUACUUUUACGCCAUGUUUACAAGUUUUGAGGAACGCGAUCAACAGAGAAUAACGUUGCAAGGCGUGGAUUAUUCGGCAUUAGAAUUAUUAGUAGAUUAUGUUUACUCUGCAGAAGUCCACGUUACAGAGGAUAACGUACAGGUACUUCUACCUGCUGCAAACUUGUUACAAUUAACGGAUGUACGAGAUGCCUGUUGCGAUUUCUUACAAGCUCAAUUACAUCCGUCUAAUUGUCUCGGUAUUAGAGCGUUUGCAGAUCUGCAUGGGUGCCUCGAGUUGUUGACGCACGCAGACAGUUAUAUUGAACAGCAUUUUUCAGAAGUGGUGGACGCAGAAGAAUUUUUAACAUUGGAACCUGAACAAGUGGCUAAACUUAUCUGUAGCGAUCGUUUAAUGGUGCCUUCUGAAGAGAAAGUAUUUGAAUGUGUUAUUUCAUGGGUACACCACGACCUCGAAAAGAGACAGAACGAUUUGGCGUUGUUAAUGGAACACGUGCGCUUGCCUUUGCUUUCUCAAGAGUAUUUAGUGCAACGUGUGGAAGAGGAACCGCUUCUCAAAGCUAAUUUGCAAUGCAAGGAUUUUUUGAUCGAAGCCUUAAAAUAUCAUUUACUGAAGGGUGAGCAAAAGUCAUUAUUUAAAACGCCGCGUACCAAACCAAGACAACCGAGAGGAUUACCUAAAGUAUUAUUAGUUGUUGGCGGCCAAGCUCCAAAGGCGAUCAGGAGUGUUGAAUGUUAUGAUUUCAAGGAGGAAAGGUGGUAUCAAGUUUCUGAAUUACCAACACGACGUUGUAGAGCUGGACUCUGUGUUCUUGGCGGACGCGUAUACGCUGUUGGUGGGUUUAACGGAUCAUUGAGAGUACGAACAGUUGAUAUUUAUGAUGCUGCAGCGGAUCAAUGGUCACCCUGUCCCGAGAUGGAGGCGAGGAGAUCGACGCUCGGUGUAGCCGUACUCGGCAAUUGCGUUUACGCUGUUGGUGGCUUCGAUGGUUCGACAGGAUUAAAUUCGGCUGAAGUUUAUGAUCCACGGACUCGCGAAUGGAGACCAGUAGCACGAAUGUCAACACGGCGUAGUAGUGUAGGAGUCGGUGUUGUCAAAGGAUUGCUUUACGCCGUUGGUGGCUACGAUGGAGAAUCUCGUCAAUGUCUUUCUAGUGUUGAGUGUUAUAAUCCGGAGAAGGAUCAAUGGAAACCUGUACCUGAAAUGUCCGCACGUCGCAGUGGUGCAGGUGUUGGUGUCCUAGAUGGUGUUUUAUACGCCGUAGGAGGUCAUGAUGGUCCACUAGUACGAAAAAGCGUAGAAGCAUUUAAUCCGGAGACAAAUCAAUGGACUCCUGUCAGUGACAUGGCAUUGUGUCGUCGUAACGCCGGAGGAGAAAAAUCUUCGCAACGCCCUCUCCCGAGGGGGACCCGAAAGGGACACCCAUCGGGGGGGGGGAGAUGCCCAGCAGCCCGCAUUACUGGGCGUGCCGGAUUCGACCGCCCCGUGAUCUCAGAGAUACACCAGAACGGCCGUCUACCGACUAAAAAACUCCCCCUGUUCAAGCAAUACCUUAAGACACUUAUGAGAGCACCCCGGGACCGUCAACAGACAUUACUUCAGGCUAGAUAAGUCAAAAACGAACGUCCAAGCACGUCGCACAGUCGCUGAUUGUCCGGAUUUCUGAUACGCGUGUGCAAGUUGAGUAUCUCUCAAAACGCUGCGAAUGAUAGCUAAAUGCUCCAUGAUCGACCGAUCUGAGUUCAAGGUACAUGUCAUAAUUAAUUUUGCGGGUCGCACGGUGCUGGUUAAAUGUCGAGGUCACGUACAAAGCACUCGUGAUCCACAGCGAAUACGCAUCGGUAAAUGCGAAGCGCGUGCGCGCGAUUCGCGUUCCGUCAACUAGACACAUAAUCAGGACUCAAGCCUUCGUUACGCGGCUUGUUCCGAAGUAUUGCGAAUUUACAGAGCAACAAACGGCGUCCACGAAUCACGAAGAGGAGGUAGCGUGUACCGUGCCUCAAGAUGACGACGCUCCGAUAGUACAUAGGUAGCGUGAAGGCCCGAUGCGGAAGACGUCAAAUUGUGCGGCAGUGAUCUGCCUGAUGGUCUCAAGAUGGCGGCUUCUAAGCACCACGUGGUAGCUGCAACGUGGUGAUGUAGUGUGACUCGGCAGUUCUCCUGUCCAUAGCAGCAGCGACGUUAUUCAGUGUUGCUUUGUUACGAUGCCCGCUAAAGUGUUUUAGGGAAACAGGCUUUGGGAUGGUCGGACUAAGAAUGCGUAGUAAUCUUUCGAGAAUUUACUAUAUAUAUGUAUUUAUUUAUGUACUUAUUCGAUCAUUAGGAUUAUCGAGUCCUUACAAAAUAAUCUGCGCAGCGCGUGUGUUACAUUCAUAUCUUAUGUGUACGUUAUGUAGCAAUUCAGUUCUGCUUUUCUGUGCUAAAGGCAAAAGUUAGUUGCGUUUGACUAUAAUCUCUCAGGACUACGAUAAUAAGCUGCGUUAAUUUAAUAAUUAUUAAGCAUUAAUAAACUGCGAUUAGUUAUAAUAAAUUUUUAAUGUUAAAAUUAACUACAGUUAAGUAUGACCAAUUACUAAUAUUAAGAUUGCUAAGCACAAGUUUUUCUCUUCAGAUUAGUUAGUUGAAGCAUGUGGUAGCGAGAUUCUUAGAUUGCUUUAGCGUAAGAAUUAUACACGUUAAGGCUUACAAAACGUUAACAAAGGAUUCGCAAGGCUCUAAAGAAAUGCAGUGGAAGUUCGCGGACGAGGAUGAAUGAUAUUUAAUAGGAUGAAGUCGAAUUAGUAGCACGUGGAAAUUGUAUGUUUACAACUGAAUAGCACACCACAAGAGCACUCGUCUUUGUCCACUCAGUUAGACAUCCGAAACCAGAAACAACCAGAGAGCAUAGCCCGAGGGAGCUUCCUUUCGAAAGAUCCGACGUCUCUUGCCCUACUCUCACAUAUUCGGAGUUUUCUGCAAUAAGAGGAGCCUACUUCAAGGGUUUCCCUCGCGCUCGCUUACACAACGCUCAAUCUCUUACAUGCGGGGGUAGCGUUACGGCAAUCCAAUAGUGGGGAUUAGAAGGGAAAAGAGAGAAAUGCUCUGACGUCUAGAGAAGAAAAUACUGCACGGACCUAAUACUUAUAAGUCUACGGCAGUGGUACAAGAAAGAAAAAGAUAUAUGCUACCUUGCUUUGGUCUCUUUCGCCAAUUUUCGGUUAUUAUUAUUGACUAGUUUAACCGGUUGGUGAAGAAGACUCUAAUGCAAAUUA